AUGCGUUCAUUCUUAGUUCUAUCUAUUUUAGUUUUUGGCCACUUUUCACACAUCUUGUGCGUAGUAUAUGCUUAUGAUUCCUCCUAUAAGGUAGAUGAUAAUCUUGAGGAUAUAGCUAGUGAGCAUGCGGGCAACCCUUUUGGGUACCAAAUUGCGCUCUGGAUCUCCAUCUUCGUCAUCGCUACCUUUAUCAUUACUAUUUUUGCCUUCAUUAGCUCAACCAAGACACGCGACCCAACUUUGUACAUGCAAAAUAGGACCACAAACAUUGAGCGCAAAGAACUCUAA